AUGAUAGAGACGACUCUUGUUUACGCAAUCGGGUUUGGUGCUUUUUUCGCAGUGCUGAUUCUUCGUCGUCCCCUUCACCGCUUUGUAGAACUUGUUUGUCCGCUACUUUUAGAGCUUGCGCAUCAUCGGCCGGUAUCUAGCAUCGUCAAGCAUGCAUCUAGAUUGGUAGCACAACGGCUUUGUUAUCCAACUGUACUGCGUCGAGGCAAGUAUACGGAUCGCUGGAGCCGCAAGAAUGCAAUGUUAGUGUUUGCAUAUGUAGCGGCAAAUGUAGCUUGUGUUUUGGUUCCACUUCCCGGAGUCGAUCAAGUUGUCCGUCGGUUAGGAACUCUCUCGGUCGUCAACAUGCUAUUUCUUUUUGCUGGCCCACACCUGAGCUUCCUUGCUGAUAUCCUUGGACUAUCGGUAAACUCAUGCAGACGCCUUCACGGCUGUGCAGGAGCUGUAGCUUUUUUGUUGGCAGUUUCUCACUCCGUCGCGGGGGCAAUUGCUAAAGGAUCAAUUGUGUUGUCAAAACCACAAGACCUGUUUGCCCUUACGGUAGGGCACCUUCAGCCCACUCCAUUAAUGCGCUAA